CUUUGGGCAUGGAGAAAGGAAGCAUUUUGCUGGGCUUCUUAAUUCUUUUUCUGGAUUUGGGGUGCCCACCUGGGAACCAGUGACAGAUGGGUCUCUUCCUUCCUGCCCCCGUCUCUCUGCUCUUCCCCAGAGCUGCACCCUGCCCUCCGGUGGGAACCGUCUGAAGUUCUAAGCCUAAAACCGGAGGAGGAGGAGGAGGAGCAAGAGGAGGAGGAGGAGGAGGAAGAAGAAGAGGAAGAGGGAGGAGGUCCGUGCCUGGGACUCUGUGCACCUUCUCAGCAGGAGUUGCGGAACACCUCUGAGAACUGACCUUGGGUCCCCACACCUCAGCCAGACCUGGUGUCCACUUGUAGCCUCCUGGAAAGCCCCCAGCAGUUGGCACCAGCUCUCCCCAUCUUGCCUUGGGAUCCCUGUGCUGGGGGUCGCCCCCAAGAUGGUGGCGGCCCCAGAGAGGACUGUGCCGCCAGCCCCAGCCUCCAGUCUCUAGGCCCCUGUGCUUUGACCCCUCACCCCCUGCCCAUCCACCAGGGGGCCGAGGCCAGCACCAUGCUGCGCCUGGGGCUGUGCGCUGCGGUGCUGCUGUGCAUAUGCCGGCCUGGCACGGUGCGUGCAGACUGCUGGCUCAUCGAAGGGGAUAAGGGCUACGUAUGGCUGGCUAUCUGCAGCCAGAACCAGCCACCCUACGAGACCAUCCCGCAGCACAUCAACAGUACCGUGCACGACCUGCGACUCAACGAGAACAAGCUCAAGGCUGUGCUCUACUCCUCGCUCAACCGCUUUGGGAACCUCACGGACCUCAACCUCACCAAGAAUGAGAUUUCCUACAUCGAGGAUGGCGCCUUCCUGGGCCAGUCGAGCCUGCAGGUCCUGCAGCUAGGGUACAACCGGCUCAGCAACCUGACGGAGGGCAUGCUGCGCGGCAUGAGCCGCCUGCAGUUCCUCUUCGUACAGCACAACCUCAUCGAGGUGGUCACCCCCACCGCCUUCUCCGAGUGCCCGAGCCUCAUCAGCAUUGACCUGUCCUCCAACCGCCUCAGCCGCCUGGACGGCGCCACCUUCGCCAGCCUGGCCAGCCUGAUGGUGUGUGAGCUGGCCGGCAACCCCUUCAACUGCGAGUGUGACCUCUUCGGCUUCCUCGCCUGGCUUGUGAUCUUCAACAAUGUCACCAAGAACUACGACCGCCUGCAGUGUGAGUCUCCACGGGAGUUCGCCGGCUACCCGCUGCUGGUGCCCCGGCCCUACCACAGUCUCAACGCCAUCACUGUCCUGCAGGCCAAAUGCCGCAACGGCUCGCUGCCCUCCCGGCCUGUGAGCCACCCCACACCCUACUCCACCGACGCCCAGCGGGAACCCGAUGAGAACUCGGGCUUCAACCCUGAUGAGAUCCUUUCUGUAGAGCCGCCGGCCUCAUCCACCACCGACGCGUCGGCGGGGCCUGCCAUCAAGCUGCACCAUGUGACCUUCACCUCGGCCACCCUGGUGGUCAUCAUCCCACACCCCUACAGCAAGAUGUACGUCCUGGUGCAGUACAAUAACAGCUAUUUCUCUGAUGUGAUGACACUCAAGAACAAGAAGGAGAUUGUGACCCUGGACAAGCUGCGGGCGCACACCGAGUACACCUUCUGUGUGACCUCACUGCGCAACAGCCGUCGCUUCAACCACACCUGCCUGACCUUUACCACCCGGGACCCCGUGCCCGGCGACCUGGCGCCCAGCACCUCCACCACCACACACUACAUAAUGACCAUCCUGGGCUGCCUCUUUGGCAUGGUCAUUGUGCUGGGCGCUGUCUACUACUGCCUACGCAAGCGCCGCAUGCAGGAGGAGAAGCAGAAGUCUGUCAACGUCAAGAAGACCAUUCUGGAGAUGCGCUACGGGGCCGAUGUGGAUGCGGGCUCCAUUGUCCAUGCUGCCCAGAAGCUAGGUGAGCCCCCCGUGUUGCCCGUGGCCCGCAUGUCCUCCAUCCCAUCCAUGAUUGGGGAGAAGCUGCCCACCUCCAAGGGGCUGGAGGCUGGGCUGGACACACCCAAGGUGGCCACCAAAGGCAACUAUAUUGAGGUACGCACGGGUGCUGGGGGGGAUGGAUUGGCUCGGCCCGAGGACGACCUCCCAGACCUUGAGAAUGGCCAGGGCUCUGCUGCUGAGAUCUCCACCAUAGCCAAGGAGGUGGACAAGGUGAAUCAGAUCAUUAACAACUGCAUCGAUGCCCUCAAACUGGACUCCGCCUCUUUCCUGGGGGGCAGCAGUGGUGGUGGGGACCCCGAGCUGGCCUUUGAGUGCCAGUCCCUCCCUGCGGCCACUGCCACCUCCACGGCUGCCACUCCUGGGGCAUUGGAGCGACCCAGCUUCCUCUCCCCCCCUUACAAAGAGAGCUCCCACCACCCGCUGCAGCGCCAGCUCAGUGCCGACGCCGCCGUCACCCGCAAGACGUGCAGUGUGUCGUCCAGUGGCUCCAUCAAGAGCGCUAAGGUCUUUAGCCUGGACGUGCCUGACCACCCGGCCACCACGGGGCUGGCCAAGGGUGACUCCAAGUACAUCGAGAAGGGCAGCCCGCUCAAUAGCCCGCUGGACCGGCUCCCACUGGUGCCCUCGGGCAGCAGCGGGGGUAGCGGUGGGGGUGGGGGCAUCCACCACCUGGAGGUGAAGCCAGCUUAUCAUUGCAGCGAGCACCGCCAUAGCUUCCCCGCGCUCUACUACGAGGAGGGCGCCGACAGUCUCAGCCAGCGGGUUUCCUUCCUCAAGCCGCUGACCCGCUCCAAGCGAGACUCCACCUACUCGCAGCUCUCCCCUAGACACUACUACUCAGGGUACUCCUCCAGUCCCGAGUACUCCUCUGAGAGCACGCACAAGAUCUGGGAGCGCUUCCGGCCCUACAAGAAGCACCACCGCGAGGAGGUGUACAUGGCCGCCGGCCACGCCCUGCGCAAGAAGGUCCAGUUCGCCAAGGACGAGGACCUGCAUGACAUCCUCGAUUACUGGAAGGGGGUCUCAGCCCAGCAGAAGCUGUGACCCUCUCCUCCCUGGUGAGGCCGGAGGGGGAGGGCGGGGCGCUCGGGAAGGGCCCCAGGUGGCCAAGCCGGGCCGGGGCAGCGCACUGAGGGCCGGGGCCUUGGAGUGGACGCACACGCAUACCCGCACGCACGCACCACGCACACACACCUGACCACCACCUGACUGUGAACCAACCAACACCCAACAAUAACGGACAGGAAAACAAAGACACAUUUUCCUUAAAGUUUACAAACUGAUACCGAAACCAGGCAUCUUUACUGUGCUGCCCAGGGACUCUGCUGGGGUGUGUGGGGCUGGGGACAGGGACAGGUGAGGAGGAAGCCAGGAGGGCGUGGGCCUGGGGAGCUGGGACUAUGGACAGGAUGGAGGGCAGGGGAGACUGAGGUAGAGAUGGACUGAAGGCCCCCAAGGAUGGGGCCCAGGUCAGUUGGAGGACUGCACACUGGGUGGACAUUGCUUUCUCCCUUGCUGGGUGGCACAGGGCAAGGA